AUAAGGCAAUUAAUGUUUGCGUGGUUCAAUACCACAGAAUCUUGAAUUUGGCCCCGCCAGUGCUACCACUGUGAGCCAGCAUGUGUCACUCCCUGCGCCUCGCUAACCAUGGUAUUGGUGAAGCGUUGGGCUAACGGGAAAGUGUUACUAAAUAUCAAUUUAAUUUGUACGUCCCACUGAAUAAUUAGACUUUGAAGGAAAGAACAUGAUGGUGAAAGAGUCUUUGUGUGUGGCGUGACAUUGGCAGGCGUGAGUGUUUGUGUCGCAGGACACCACAGCCUGCACAAGGUGUGGCUGUGGCCCAGACGUCAACAGUGGCAGGGAGUGAAGAUGUAACAAGCCCUGCACACCUGAUGCAAGGUAGGGAAGCUACCCGCCCAUCACUGCCACAUAUGGGGGGAAUCCAAAGAGAAUGGCUGGUGUUAGUGAAGGUGGUGGUGUGUUUGAGUCUGGGCAUCCUAGCACAGGAUAUGAGGCCUGUUGGAUGCUACAAAGAAGACACAGAAGGACAGGAUUUUACUUACCACUCAAAGAACAUUUCUAGCGGGACAAGUGUAACUGCUUGUGUGGAUGAGUGCAAGUCGGCCUACAAGAGUUAUGCUGCGUUACUCAAUGGUACUCACUGUCUGUGUGGAGAUAUUCUGAGCAUCAGUGGCUCAGAUGGCUGUGAUUUGCACUGCUCUGCUGAAAGUUCUUACUUGUGUGGUGGCGAGGGAGCCAUGAGUGUGUACGAGGCUGGGCACGGCAUUCUUAACCGUCCCUCUUCCUUGACUCAAGUAGACAGCGACCCAUACACCUUGCACAUUACAUGGGAGGCACCUGCCAAGGGACUGUCUGAAAUAUUGAAGUACUUUGUGACAGUAGAACCUCUCUUCUCAUACAGUGAGAGAGAUUCGUUUGUUACAAGAAAUUGGACAUAUUCAGCUCACACCCACUCAGCUUCUCUCAGAAAAGUCCAUCCAGGUACCAAGUACAGAGUGGAAGUGAGAGCUGCCUCACCCCAGGGGAAGGGAUAUCCCAUAUCCAGGGAAAUGUGGACUAAGGUUGGCAAGCCUGAGACCCCUGCCAUCCCCCAGGUGAUUAGCCGCACUGCAAACACCAUGACAGUGCAGCUUGAGCCAGUCAUCGCCACCAAUGGGCCCAUCACGGCAUACCAGAUUGUGGUCAAAGAUGAGACUUUGAGUGCUGAGCUGCAGCCUGACCUGCUGGAUGACUUCUCCACAGCAAACUCCAAGAACCUCCCAUUCUACAUUGCUGCUCAGCUCCCCAAAGAAAAUUUUGAGACCAUAUUUGAAGUGGGCAACGGCAAGCACUACGGCAGGUAUUACAAUGCUCCGCUGCGUGAAGGAGUCGACUACCACGUCAUUCUGGGUGUGGUGAGCACGCUCAACGAGACCAAGACGGCUUACUCCACUCAUGGACACGAACAGCACCAGAACUCGGUGAUCCACGACUUCUCUGGAUUGAAGAAAUCUCCGGCAGUCAUCCAGCUGGAGGAGAACAAGAAGGUCAUAAUGGGUCUGUCCAUCGCCAUUGGCAUAUUUGGUUUACUUCUCAUUGCCUCCAUUGUCGUGUACAUUGCCAUGAGAAUCAUUGUCAACAAGAAUCGCAGGUCAUUGGAGAACCAGGAGCUGGCCAUACAUGCCCAACAGCCCCACCAGGACCUGGAUAACGGGUACAGUGUGGCAGCGCACUAUGUGGAAGAGGAGCCGCUGCCCGCUGACCACUACCGCCAGCUCAAAGAAAAGGUGUGGAUCAUUCCUCACCAGGGACUCAAUGUGGUCGGGGACAUCGGGACUGGCAAGUUUGGGGAUGUGAGGAAGGGUGUGGUGAUCAACAAAGGGAACCAGAGGAAUGUGCUGGUACAGAGAAUAGAAGAUGACAGUCUAGGUGGAAACCGGAAGACACUCAUGCUGCGGGAGUUUGACGCUCACGUGCGCAUUGGCACCCAUCCUCACGUGGUGAGUCUGGUGGGGCUGAUGGAGGAGUUCAGCGUCAUCUCGGUGGCCUUUGAGUACGAGACGUCCACCCUCAAGACACAGCUGGUGGAGAGCCGGGCCGUCCAGCACUACCCUGUCUAUGCUGAGAAGAAUCGCAGGUUUUCCACGCUGCUGGAGACUCAGGAACUGCUGGAGAAGGGUCCUGUCUCAGCGUCACAGGUACCACCAUCACACCGACAAGCAAUAGAACUCUUAGUUGGCAUAGCCCAGGGCAUGGCUCACCUUGCUGCCCUCGGGGCCACACACAGCCAGCUCUGUGCCCGCAAUGUGGUAGUGGUGGAUGGCACCCGGCCCAAAAUUACUGGUUUUGGCCUGAUCCACUACCACAACGACCUGUACGUGCCAGACUACCGGCGGUGGCACGCCGUGGAGACGCUGCACAGCAAGGUGUCCACACCCAAGAGUGACAUGUGGUCUUUUGGCUGCCUCAUGUGGGAGGUGAGCACUCUGGGAGGAACGCCUUAUUCAGACGUACGCACGGAGGAGGUUGGCGGCCGUGUGAUGCGGGGCCUGCGCCUGCCCCAGCCCCAGUAUGUGGGUGAUGAGUUGUACCAGCUGAUGCUCAACUGUUGGCAGCAUGACUUGGAUGAGCGGCCGUCAUUCCCUGAGGUGGAGGCAAGCCUGCGCCAGCUGGCAGAGGAUGACAUCACACCUCACCUCUUGUUUUCACUGUACCCGUCAUUCCAGUAUGAACCGUAUUCUCCUCACCUGGAAUUCAUGGACUGAGCUACUGGGAUCAGUGUUUGGAUUUUGUAAUACAUUACUUCGUAAUUGUACCACUGUACGUGUCCAACCAUUUGUGUGUGUGUGUGUGUGUGUGUGUGUGUGUGUGUGUGUGUGUGUGCGUGCAUGCGCGCAAGCAUUCAUGAAAUUUUGUAUGCUAGGAAGAAAUUACUGUCAGACACAAAGCAAAGAGGAGAUUAUUAUGUGCCAAGAGACAACUGAAUGCACAAAAACUUUUAGGAGAAUUUAGCAGCUCAAUCAAAAUGUAAAAAUGUUUCACAACCACUGAGUGGAUUUGCUUCUAUUUUGUCUUAUGGCACAAUUUGGGUAUUGUUUUUGUGAAUGUUCUGUGUGAAUGCUGAUGUAUUUUUGUGAUAAGAAGUUUUACUUUGUGAAACUUUGUGUUUACGUAAGUGAAUUUUGCAUUCCAUCUAUUCAUUCUGAUUAAAUUUGUGUGAAUUGCAUCAGACACAGGGUUGUUGUUGCAUCACAUCACUUUGGUCACCAUAACAGCCCUCACAGUGGCACAGCCUUCACUCUCCAAGCCUUCCUUAGCUGAACACACUAGCUUGGAGUAUUGGUUAAAAAGUCAACCACUCCCUGAGUAUCAGUGUGUGAGGUGAGGCACAGGGCAAGGAGUGAGGCAAGGUACUGAAGUGAAGGACCCACAGUGAGGAGGAUGGGGGUGGGAUGGGGGGUGGCAGGCCGGGAUAUGAGGAAUAGUGAGUGUGGUUUGGUGGGUCAGGUGACACAUGGAGGGGUUGCUGUAUCAUUGAGGGGGAGUCUGAACCUUGACUAUCUUUGGGUGAAACAGCCUUAGACUUGUCUUGAUGUGUGUGAAGCUGGAAGGUUUUACAAUUAAUAACACUUUAUUGUAAAAGAAGUAAUUUAUUAUUUUUUAUUUUAUAUUGGUUACAUACAUGAGGUUGUAAUGUAGAAGCCAAGCUACUUAAUCCUUGGUACCAGUUUGUGAUAUGAUGAUCACCGUCUACAUAGAAUAGGUUUAUUGAAGUAAGAUAAAGGAUUCUCUGUUACGACACUAUAAUGAUUUGGAGACAGAUUACUCAAAUCAUUUUGGUGGCAUCAAGUUUCCAGAUAAUUUGUAUUGAAGUACCAGGAUAUAAGUUUUUCCCUCUUAUCUCAUUAAGUUAACACAUUUGUUUCUCCUCAAGGCUUUCUUGGUUCCACAUUAUAAAUACUUUGUACAUAUGUGAUGCCUAUCAGCCUGAUGGGUUGUAUACUCACAAGCACUAGUCCCAAGAUCAGGUAUCACUGUUGAUGCUGAGUGACAACUUUACGCCUGCACAAGGUUCAAGAAAGGAAUCACUCACUACAUUGUUCAAAGUGUGCAACAUUAACAGGAGUGAGCACAGAUACUGCUGCUGCUGCUGGAGACAGCCUAAAGCAACUGUCAAAUUUACUAUAACCAAGUUAAGAAAAGUAGUCAUGUUACAAUUAUCAUUGGUGUGCUACUGCAUGUUGAUGUGAGUCUGUCUAAAGGUUAUCUGUCCUGUUGCCUGUCAGUAUUAGGAUGAGUGAUGGAAGGUGGUGUGGAUGUACUGUACAAUGAACCAUUUUUGAGGUGGAUCAAUUGUGACAUGACUCAUAUUUAUAGUACUUUGAAAAUUUAUCUUUCAGUUAUAUUGCUAAAUACCAGGACUUAAGAGUCUUGAGGAGGACAAGUGCAUUAGAAAUUAUCUUUCUAGGUCAGAAAGACUGGACAACUCACAUGCUUGACUAUCAAUGUUUUUAUCAAUUGAGCUGAGUGGAACUUUACCACAUGUGCAUGUAGAACUCAAGAAAUUUGAAAUACAAAUUUUGAAUGGAUUGUGAUUUAUGACAGUAUUUUGAGGGUUUAUUUUGUGUAGCCUGACAGUCACCAUGGUGACAUGGUGAUGUGGUAAUUGCUUAUUUUGCCAUCAGUAAUCCUCAGGGAUAACUUACACUUGAGAAUGUGAACUGUCUUUUUAAAGGAAAUGAAAUGUGAUGACAAAAUACUUUCAGUUCUUGCACUUGGUAAUGAUUUUAUGGUUUAGAUUUUUUAAAGAUAAUAUAAGUAACAUUACUUUUUUGCUUCAGAACUUGAUUAUAGAGAAUGAAUUGAAGCAGUGUCUAAUACAGUCACACUAUGUUCAAAUGUGCAAUUAAUUACUACACAAGCUGGUGUGUGGACAGACAGACUGCCAGCCGUCCAGCAUGUGCACUGAGCCUGUGUGGUGACAAAGGUGCCACCCUGUGAUUAGUGGCAGUUGUGUAAUGUUUUGUAGUGAGGCAUGUUGUAAGUUUCAUUGUUUGCAUGUUUAUGCUAAGAAAAAACACUUCAAAUCCAAAGUUGAAGUCAGUUCAUAAUGCAAGUAAUGAUAAUUCAGUCACAUUGAUGAGAAAAAGCAGAAAAGGAAGAUUUUUACACAACUAAGAUACAAAAAUGCAUUCUCUUUUCAAUUAUAGUAAUGUGGAGGCAAACCUUUCUCUAGAAGAUUGACAUCAAUUAAAUCAGUUUUGUUUGAGCUUGGAAAAAAAAAAAAAAAAAAUAGAAAAAUAAAUAAAUUCUCUUUGAAUUUUAUGUUGUGUGCAUGAAGCAUGUAGGGUAAGAGAAAAGACUAAUAGCCUUUGAUCUCUCAUAUUGCACUUUUUAUGAAGCUACAGCCAUGUGUCACAUCAACCACUGCUUUGUGGAGGCCAGCAAAGAGUUACUGCUCUAUUGUACUAAUGUGUCAUUUUGAUUAGUGUAGGACAACUUCUUUGUGCCUUUAUUUGAACAAAAAACCAAAAAACAAAAAAACAAACCAAAAAAAAAAACAAAAAAAACAUGGUUGGUAGUGUGCAGAACAGACAUUCCCAAAAGGGCUUCCUUGGUAAAAGAGACUCAAGCAAAACAGUCUUUACAGAUUGCAUAUUAAUUAAGUAUUAGUUUUGUACUGUAACUCUGUAGCAUCAAUGUGUAUAAUGUGUGUAUGACUUAAGUGCGUUGGAUAGGAAUGUAAUGACUACUUAAAGCUUUUUUUUUCAAUUUUUUUUUAUCAGUACUAAUAUGUUGCUGUACUGUACUCUAGUCAUGUCUCAGCACUUGUAAGAACACUUCAGCUUUUCUGUUGAAAGCUUUGACAUUUUAUUACAAGUAACCUUAAUGUUACUUAUUCUUAAAAUCCUCAGUAUGUUCUCUUUAGUUACUAUUGAUAAUUCAUAUUUCUACAAACAGUAUGAUCACCAUUGCUGUACAUUUCAAAUUCAUCUUUGAAUCCUUUUUUAUGUAGUUGAUAAAUAGUAUCACGUGUGAAGACAUCUUCACACUAGCAAGUGACAUUUUCUGUUUAGAAACAGAACACUCAGCAUAACUAAAGUGUCACAUUUCAUCUGUCACUGAGCAGAUUUCUCUGCACUUUUGGGAUACAGAUAAGACAAUGUUUGCAUGUAUACACACACAUUCCCCAGACCUUUAAUCCUGGCCAUGUGUGUAUGAGUAUCACCCCUAACAGUGCAGGGUUUGGCUUGUAUUCAUUCCUACAAAAUUGCUUAUCAUCAGUUUGGGAGUAAUGUGUGUUUUGGAGUGGAUCUGUGAUGGCAGCUGGACACAAAAAUGGUGACUGCACAGUAACUGUAGGAGAAUGUCUGGAUUAAUAUUGUAAUUGCUAAAAUAAUUGAAAGAGCAGAGGUUUGAGGAAUAAGAUAAAUGCAUUUCAUGUUUUAUUCCAGAUUUUUGUUUGAUAAAGCAAAAAUGUAUUGCUUGAUGUAUAUUAGUACUCUAGUUUUCAUAAGUCAAACUAGGAUGGAUUAAUACUAAUAAUUAUUAGCCUUCCACACAAGCUCAGCUGGACAACUGCAGAUCACAGAUAAAAUUCAACUUUAGUAACCACAAACUUCUUAAAAUUUAGUUUUGUUUAUAUCAAUGCAAAACAUUUGAAUGUGAAAUUGAAAUAAUAGUAAAAUAUGUAUAACUUUAAAUGAUAUUACUUAAAACAAAGCAAAUUUGUGUGCUGGUUUGCCUGUGCUGAUAAUACCUCUUCAGAUGCUAAGUUGCGUAUUUGCGUUCAGUUUAUGACAAAUGCAAGUCUGCAAUGUCAUCACAGUUCCAUGACUGCACAACUCUGGCUUGUUGGGACACAGCAGCCGUUAGGUUCAAAUUAAAGUGUGGUUGGCUUUGAGCCGGGUGUGGAACAAGUGACUGUGACAGCAGAGCAGAUCACUUUUCAAACACCACAUUGAUUUGUGUCUGUGUUGCUUUCUUCUAACCACUCAGUAAUGGUAUUGAUGAAAACCAACUAAAUAUGAAUGGUGGAAAAUUAAUUCAAGUACUUAAAUUCUUUUUUAGUAUGUAAAGAGGAAUACAAAUUAGAAAAAUGGGAAACAUUUCAGGCCAUUUACACUCUUGUUGAAGUGUUGUAAUCUAUAAUGAUAAUAUUAAGUUGUAAUAGAUUACAUAUCUGGGACACUGGUUGUCUGUAAGUUAAUAUUUAACACCUUUGCUAAUGUACUUAAGAGUAUCAUAACACUAACAUUUAAACUUGUGAAGCAGUUGAGAAUCUCGUAGCUUUACCCACGUGUAAAUUUAAAGAAUCUCCUGCAUAGUAUUCACUGGCACUAGUACAAGUGCUGUUUUACAAGGAUUAUUAUUUUUUUUUUUACAGGCAUUCAGAUUUUACAGAUUUUUUUUUCUCAUCUGAUCUUUAUUUUCAUUCUUUUAAAUAAGUUUCCAGGAAGAUACCAAAAUAGUGGUGAUGUACUAUAGCAGCAUUAGCCUGUGUGAUAGGCAGCAGGGAAUCUGCAAGGCAUGUUACUUUACAUGUGUUGUAAUGGAAAAAUGUGUACCAUUGUAAUUUAGUGGUUUUGUAAAAGAUAAGUUGUUUAAAGAUCCUCCUUUAUUGAUUGGAUUGAGGCAAGGCACAUGCACAGGGAAUCCUUUUUGCUUGUUAGUCAGAGGCCUUAUACGUAUGUAGGUGGUCAUUUGAAUAUCAUGUCUUUUUAAAGAAUAUUUGGGCUAAGUUUUGCCUCUUCAUAGGAAAAAUAAAUCUACUACUUGUAUGAUGCACAAGUAGCCAAUCUUAGUCCAUGUUGGUGCAGGCAUGUGUGUAUCUGUGUGUGUGUGUGUAUAGUGACACUUCUUCAAGGCCUGUAUAAUUCCUGGGUACUCAUUGGUCACACUCAAAAGUAGAACAGCUGCCUUGUAGAAUGCUUACCAUGGCCCUUAUAGAGUCAUAAGAAGUCAUCACCAGUACAUAUAGAUAGAUUAUGAGCAAGUUACCUUGGUAACGUGUGGUCUUAAUCUGUUUGGCAAGAUAUUGAAUGCUGAUGCCAGUGUUGGGACAAGAAGAAGAAGAGAAAAAAGGGGGGAAAUCUUUGGGCCAGAACUUCACAUGAUGAAGAACAUUGCCAUUGUACAGUAUUAACUAAGCUUUUCUAUUAGUUAUGAAGCUAGACAAACCAAUCUCUCAGUUAGUAUAGUUGUAGCACCUGUGAAGUGCAGGACGGGAGCAGGAAAUAUAAUCUCUGGGCUACCUGAGUACUUCAAGAAGGAUGAGGCUUACUCCAUUGUUAACUAGCAUGAAGGAUUCCUUUAUUAGCACCAUCCAAAGCCCUCACAAUCACCACAAUGUUGGGCAAAAUCACUGGUUAUUAGACAGCACUUGAAAUAAGAUAUGAUGUUCUGUAUUUUUCACACGAUGUUUAAGCAUUACCUAGUGAUAGAGAUUAGUGCAAUGCUGUCUUAAGCAGGAUACAUUUGUAUUCUUUAUUUGGGGAAGGCAGUGGACAUACAUAGGUCAUGGUUAAUUUACUUACAUUUGUUCACAAAACCUAAUACUAUAUUAUACUUACAUGUUCAUUUUAAGCUGAAUUAAAAAAAUACAUUAAAAAUAUUGAGAUCUUGACAACAGUGUUUUUUAAAUCUUUGGGAAUCAGUAAGCACACAAAGUAUUCCUGAUACCAUUUGGUGGGAUGUUAUUUAGUAGUGUGAAAUGAAACUGACAAUAUGCAUGUUAAAUUAAAUGUGUCCAGAAAUUAU